UCUCAGGUGAGGUAUCAAAAAAUGAGUGGGGAAGCUUCUGAUGCUCCCAGCAUUCGUCUCAUCGAUAAUGCAUUUCCCAAACUACUCAUCUCUCAAGCAAAGUUCGAGGAAGUGUAUGGAACUAAGCCAGAUUUCUUUGUCCAAGCACCAGGCAGGGUGAACCUGAUAGGAGAGCACAUUGAUUACUGUGGAUAUGCAGUUUUUCCAAUGGCCAUAGAGCAAGAUGUUAUUUUGGCUGUGGGAGUCUGUGAGGAACCCACAAUACAGAUGCACAACAUUGAUGAGCUGUAUGCACCAGGCUCCUCCAGCAUAACAGACCUGAUGAUUUCAAAGGAGAGUCCGACAUGGUAUCAUUACCUCCUAUGUGGGAUACGUGGUGUGCUUGACACUGAACUGGGAUUGAAAGAAAAGAAAGGCCUAAAGUUUGUGGUCCAUGGCACAAUUCCACCAUGUGCUGGUUUAUCAAGUUCUUCUGCCCUUGUCUGUGCAGCUGCGCUUGCUGCCGGUCAUGCCCAUGGGGUAAAUUGGAGCAAAUCUCACUAUGCAAAUAUUUGUGCUAAGUGUGAACGAUACAUUGGAACUGAGGGUGGAGGGAUGGAUCAGGCCAUUUGCUUCUUGGCUACAUCAGGCAGUGCCAAGUUGAUAGAGUUUGAUCCUCUGAAAGCCACUCCUGUGUCCUUGCCCAAGAAGGCUGUGUUUGUUGUGGCUAAUUCCCUUUCCCAAAAGCAGAAGGCAUUGACAUCUGAGUACAACACACGUGUGGCAGAGUGUAGGCUUGCUGCCCAGGCAUGUUGGCAUUGCUUAUACUGUUCACUAUAUAAUCAAGUCAUUGCUUGCCAUUGUGGUUUUGAUUGGAAACUGGUGAGAAGACUUGAUGAUGUGCAGAAACUGACAGGAAAGAAGUUGUCUGAUCUACUUUGCCUAGUAAAGGAGAGCCUACAUAAGGAACCAUAUACAAAGCAAGAAGUCAGUAUGUGCCUGUUGAUUCUGAUAUGCCAAAUUCUUGAAGUUAGCAUGGAAGAGCUAGACAGAGUGAGUCUGAGUGAGAAGACAAAGGGAUUGAAGAGCUUCAAGUUGCAGCAGCGGUCUCUACAUCUGGAGAAAAGAUCACCCAAAAUGCAAAAUGAGGAACCAUUGUAUCAAAUGAUUAAGGUGUUCGUUGCAGAGGCAAAUAGAGUCUGGGAAUUCAAAAACACAUGUGAUCAUGAAGAGGAGGUAGGGGAAACAGAGACCCUGAAGUCCUUGGGAAAACUAAUGUCUGAUAGCCAUACCAGCUGCAGAGAUCUCUAUGAAUGCAGUCAUCCUUGCCUGGAUCAGCUGGUUGAACUCUCAAAGGGCAUUGCAUAUGGAGCACGACUUACUGGUGCU